UCCGCCUUGCGCUGCGCGUAGAAGCGUCCAGGUAAAGGGGGUCCGCGGAGGGUCUUGGUGCAAUGCCGCAGGCUCAUUGCGAGGCGCAGAUUGUACCAUUUCCUCAGGCUCCCCUCCUCGUGCGCUGCGGCGAAUGCUGCCCCUUUGCACGGCAAUAGCGGCUGGAUAAUAAUAUUAUUGCAGCCCGGGAGCCGCUGUAUGACUGGCCCGUCUUCUAAAAAAGGCAAGCCAACGCCGCCCCGCCAUGUCGGUUGCCUUUGCUUCUGCCCGCCCGCGGGGCAAGGGAGAGGUCACCCAGCAAACUAUACAGAAGAUGUUGGAUGAAAAUCAUCAUCUGAUACAGUGCAUUAUGGACUAUCAGAGCAAGGGCAAAACAGCAGAAUGUACUCAAUAUCAACAAAUCCUGCACAGAAAUCUGGUUUACUUGGCCACCAUAGCAGACUCUAACCAGAAUAUGCAGUCCUUGCUGCCUGCUCCACCAACCCAGAACAUGAACCUCGGCCCGGCUGGAAUGAGUCAGAGUGCCUCCAAUCAGUCCCUCCAUUCACAGAGCAACCUCAGUGAUGCAAUCAGCUCAGGGCUUCCCCCUUCCUCUCUCAUGCAGAGUCAGAUUAGCAAUGGUCCCAACCAUGUGUCUAUGCAGCAGUCCGGCCAGAAUACCAUGCCCACGACUUCCCUGAGCAUGAGUCUCAGUAGCCAUGGAUCUGGGCCCAGUUAUAGUCACACGGUGCCUGCAUCUCAGAGCGUCGCCAUGCAAGGCCAGGGAUCGAUCGGCAACUAUGUCUCACGAGCAAAUCUCAGCAUGCAGUCCAACCCAGUUUCCAUGAUUCACCAGCAAGCAGCAACAUCACAUUACAAUUCCCCACAAGCAGGAACACAACAUUACCAAGGGCAGUCUUCCAUUGCCAUGAUGAGCCAGAGCAAUCAAGGAAACAGCCUCAUGGGGCAGCGACCAAUGGGCACUUAUCGGGCUUCGCAGCAAGGUUCCUCUCAGCAGUACAUGGGUCAGGAGGAAUAUUAUAGUGAGCAAUACAGUCAUGGACAAGGAUCAUCAGAACCCAUGAACCAGCAAUAUUAUCCUGAUGGCCACGGUGAUUAUGCGUAUCAGCAGUCGUCUUAUUCGGAGCAAAGCUAUGAUCGAUCAUUUGAGGAUUCCACACAGCACUACUACGAAGGAGGGAACUCCCAGUACAGCCAGCAGCAAACCGGAUACCAGCAAGGAGCUGCCCAGCAGCAAACAUAUUCCCAGCAGCAAUACUCAAAUCAACAAAGUUAUCCAGGACAACAGCAAGGAUAUGGUCCUGCCCAAGGAACUUCAUCACAGUAUUCUAGUUACCAACAAGGACAGGGCCAACAGUAUGGAAGCUACAGAGCUUCACAAACUGGGCCAGCUGCGCAGCAACAGAGGUCUUAUGGCUAUGAGCAGGGCCAGUAUGGAAACUAUCAGCAAUAAAAUGACAAGCGCCUGUGUCAAAUUUGUUUCAAUAUUUAUGUCCAUUUUUGGAACUUGGAUGUAUGGGCAAGGUUUUUUUUUUUUUUUUAAAUGAUUGAUGGAUCGUAAGAUGUUGGAAACCGCUGUAGCACAAAGAAGCGUUUGUAUGUGAAAUAGUAUUCAUUUCAUGCUGGAUAUGAAACAGUGCAUUACUGGUAAUAAGGCAAUGUUUGAAUGGUUUGGUACAUUUUGGUGCUGUUAAUAAUACUUGCAGAGGUUCUUCCGUCACUUGUUCCCACCUCCUCUUUUGAUGUAUUAAACUCGUUCUAGAAAUCAGCAGAGGCCACAUAUCAUUUGUUGACCUGCUUAUUGUUUUAACAAGAUCAUCCCCAACCUAGCGUCCGCCAGAUCGGAUGGACCACCACCCAGCUGGAAGGUGUUUCUCUGAAGAGUGUUGUAUGACAAGCAGGUAACUGAAUAUAUCUUUUGUUUUCUGUUCAUCCAGCUGGCUUGGCAUUGGAAGAUCUCAGCCCAGAUACGUUUCAGCUAAUCUGGGUGCACUUCCUCUGAAAUGCAUUGGUCUUCAUUGGAUCCUAAUUGGGCUCGAUGUAUUUUAAAAAAUACUUAAUUGAUAUAUGAUUUGAACCUAGCUGCGGAAAUGCAGGGAUAUAAAUUUGAGAUUUGCUCUAUAUUCUUGAUGUGCAGCAGUAAUUUUGCACAGCAGUAACUAAUCCUCAAUUUAUUUGAUCACUGGAAUUUGUUCUUGAACAGAUCCAGUGAUAGGAUGUAUGAUGGCCUUAUGACUCAUAACAAGUCAAUACCAAGGAAGCAUUAACUGCAGAAACAUUGGCAAAUGUUACAAGGAAUGUAUAUGGAACCUCUAGGAAGGAUUGCUUAAUUUUCAGUACAGCGAUUUUCAGCUUUUGUUCAGCAAAUUAAAAUGGUUAAGCCAUUUACCGUAUGUAUUUUCACCUUAGUUAAUUCCCUCCCAAAAAAACACACUGAUUUUCUUCUGCCAGUCACUGAUACCACCAGAACAUAUCUUUUGCACCCUGUGAGGCCAAAAUGCAGUUUUUAAAAAAUUGGUCCCCAACCCAAGAAAAGUUGCCUAUCCUUUGUUUAGCAUAUUGGGUGAACUGAGUCAUUGGUUGAUAUCUAUACGUUUGGCUUAGUGUAGUUUAUAUGUUGUACCCUCAGAAGACAUAUGAAGCGGGUUCAACAAACCAUGGUUAAAGAAUUCUGGCUUAGCAUUAUAGCUGAACACAGAAUAUGGUUAGGGAAUAGGGACUGCUACUCUAGAGGGACCAACCAGUUCUUUGCAAUCUCAGUCUCUUUAAUCAAGUAGCACAGUUCACAGCACACCAAAAGCCUCUGAGUGAAUAACUGCAUUUUCUAUAGUGGCUCCAUGUCCUCUCCUGCAACAUAUUUUCCAUCCUUCAUGUUCAAAAAGGAGCCAGCCAUGUACCCUGCCCCAGACAUUGCUCAGCCCAUCAUACAAUCAUAGGAUUAUGGAGCAAGUGUGACUUGAUUCUAGGUGUUUUAUCUUAAGUAGUUACAUUCAUAAACUGGGUGAGAUACUUAACUAGUCCAUUCAAAGUGACUGGAAUUGUCCCAAGGGAUUACUAAAUUAAGACAUUAAUUUAAUCAAGAUUUAAUAUCCAGAGAACUGUAGGGAGAGCUAGGGGCCUAGACAAGCUUCCGGAGCAUGCCAGCUUUCCCCACUCUUGUGUCUUCCAAUUGUCCUGGGACUGCAGCUCCAAAAUUCUCAGCCAGAAUGACCAACUACAGUACCUAUCAUUCUGCUGGUCAGCUUGGUACAAGGAUGCAGAACAGAACUACAGAACAGAACAGAUGCAGUAUAAUUCAGACUUGUCGUACUACUGAAUAUCACUUAUCUCUCAUAUAUAACCUUUGUAUCCUGAUAUAUCUGAUGCUGUGAAAAAUCUGUUUCCACAGAUAGACCAAAUCUGCUCACUUGGUAUGGAAGAAUGUAGCCUAUAAUAUUCUUUAAGGACUUAUUUUCAAUAUGCUUUCAUUUACAUUUUUGAAUAUUUUAGAUUGUGCUAACGUGGAAAAAAAUGAAUCUACAGAAAAUACAGAUGAGAACCCCCUCAAAAAAUCUCAGCCCUUGAAUGUUUAUAGAAACAAUGGAAUGUUAAAGAUGCAUCUAUAAAUAAGAACAUCAAUGGCCAAACUACUUACAUAGGUACUAAGUUAGUAGUUAUUAAAAAAACGAAGGUGCUGUGCAAGAUAUGCUCUGGCCAAAUGUAUUUUUUUUCCUCUCUUUUUCAUCCAAAGGAGCUUACAAAAUAAGAAUGAACCAAUAUAUAUAUAUAAACAACCAAUUAAAAAGGUAUCAAUUAAAAGAAACCCAAUAUAUCUAGUGCUACUAUAGAAAAGCAAACAUUUUAAACAACUAUAACCCCACCCCACCCAAGAAAACUGACAUUUUGAGUGCUGGAACAAUGUCUUCCUAGUUUUUAUUCUUUUUCUUCCUUUAAAGAAAGAUAAAUUUCCACUAGGAACAGCUAAAACUCUCUAAUAUAUUCUGCUGUAUGAUAGAGCAGAAUGGGUGGGUGACCUCUGACUCCUCCCGCAGCAAUCUCUGCACGGUCCUAGCUGCAGACGACGCCCUCUACAAGUUGUUGAAAAAGGCAAUGGAAUGUUAUAGUCUGCAGCUACUUCGUGGCUAUUGGUGCUGAAAGGAGAGGAUGAAAAUUGCACUGUUAGUCAAAAUCAGAGCACUCCUCCAGUUGAGCUAAAGUCUGGAUGACUUCAUGGACAGCUCCAUGUUGUUUUCUGGGCAACCCCAUGGGAGAGUUUGCAUUCCCUUCUUUCAGGAUGGCUUCAUCAACUUCCCAGUCUAGAUUAUCAGCCUCGGAUUUCCUGGUUGUCUCCCAUCCAUGUACUACCCAAGUCCAACCUUGCUUAGUUUUUUCAAGAUCAGCCAAGGUUGGGUAGAUACCAUCCCUUGAGGGGAGAUGGCCUGAUACUGUGGACCAG